AUGGCCUCUCGCCGCGAGAGCAACGCCGAUAGGAACUUGGACGGUAGGAGAGCUCUAGGGAUCCGUCCAGGUGGACAACCUCCACCGAGACUUUUCUUAGAAAGACCAUCAAUACCAUCUCAACCACCCUCACCUACAUUACCUUUACCUUCCUCACCUAAAUCACCAACUACCACACGAAAUGUAUCGAUAUCCAUUCCUGCUAUUCCUAUUCCUCCUUCUCCAACUUUCGAUCAGCCGAAACGAUUUCGAAGACCUACCAUCUCAUCCAAAUCGAAACCCUCCCGACAAACUUCCAACAGAGGGCUAUACGAAACUCAGAAACUGUUGUCGCAUUUGCUUGAUAGGCUAGAAUCGAGAGAUGCUGCUCCAGAUUUAUUGGAAAGAGCAGCUAUAUCUGCUAGAGAAAUAAGUGGUAAACAUAAAAACAAAUCGAAAGGGAAAGUCCAAAGAUUAGGUAAUGCAAUUGCUGCAGCUGCUCACAGUGCUACUAUACAAUCACCUACACCAACAUCUGGAUCAGCAAAUACAAGUACGGUUUCACCAAUGGGAGCAGGAAUGGGAAUGGGUGUUGGAUCAGAAGAUUAUGAAGAUGUGGUACUUACCGAAGGCGAGAUUGACGUCGAGAUCACUUAUGAUUUGGUUGAACAAACUAGAGGAUUAUUAGUUUUGGCUGAUAAACAAGGAUUAGAUUUGUUUGAUGACGACGAAGGUGGUAGACCAAGUAUAGUGGGUGUACCAAUACUGGAUUCUACUCCAGUCAAGAAUAAGAGAAAAGCAGGAAGGUUUUCUUCUAUAGCUCCUUCAAAUUCUAUAAAACCAUCUUUCUCAUCGUCGAAUCGUCAAGAAGAUACACCACCAAGGGCCUCGACGUCAACUUCAAUUUCAGGUCAAAUGUUACUAGCUAGAAUACUGAACAUACUGCAAACGUUAUUGACUGUAGAUUGUCUUCAUCGCACGCAUCUCUUCAGACCACUCUGCCCACCAUUAGCCCUCCAAUCAGCAUGUCUAGAUAUAGCGAGUUACCUCUAUGCCAAAUCUAAGAAAGAACCAAUCAAAAUUCGAAUCGUGGGCAUGGUAGUGGAUGGAUUGUACGGAAUGACCGGCAUGUUGGAAAGAGUCUGUGAAUGGUUGGAAGGGAGAAUAUCAGAAUUGCUGAUCCGUUUAGCGAGGGAUCGAGGCGGUCCGGGUACGAAAGAUAAAACAGAAGAUAUGGGCUGGACAGAUCCCUUUUCGACCAAAUCAGCGCCUGGAAAAGCAGUUCCUACAUUUGCUAUAUCGACGGAAUCGCAAGAUACAUUACCUCCUCCGAAUCUUAACACACCAGGAUGGAUGCGAUAUUCGCCUACUUCACCUUCUUUCCCUUUUUUCCCGCCUGGGAAUGUUGCAGGUCUACUUUCCACUCAUGCUGCUAAAGAUGCUUCAGACACAACGAUAGAAAUCGCUUCGCUUGUUCCGAAAAUCUUACUAGGACUAAGUACGAUGGUGGAUAUGACUUCGUCAAAGUUUACCACCAUACAUCGUGUACACCGACUGCUCUCUCUCAUCCUCACUGCUAAACCGGACUCGUCAUUGGAUCUCCUCGAAAUUGUGGCUCAUGCUCCCCCAGCACCCAGACGGACAGCUCUUGAGAUUCUAUCAACCUUCUACCCAGGUGCUAUAGGUCAUAAUUCCAUCUCUCGUCGAUUAGCGAAUACCACGUAUUCUGCUCAUAGAGCUAAAUGGGAAACGGGCCAAGACAGGGCUUUGGGAGAGGACGACGAGUCACAUUACUUUAUCCCAUGGAGAUCGUCCUCAAAAGAUGACUGUAAUCAGACAUCACCGAAAUGUGGUGUAUGCGCUACCGAUAUCCAUGGGUUUGCCCUACGAUGUACCUUGUGUAGAGAGCUUAGACAUCUACAUUGUUACCAUUCAGCUGGAGUCAAUACCUACGAUGUAAUCACGCUUUCAUCCGACGAUACGACACCGCAGAUGGUCCAUGUGAAGUACUCGUUAUCUCCGCCAAGGUUGGACGAACAGAUACUAUACGGCUCAACAUUGCGUGGGAGUCCAUCUUCCACAAGACGGAAAGUUGGACAACACGAUCUGGUCUUAGUUUCGAUAUUCAAUUUGACCUUAUGUGAGGAAUGCCAUUUACCUCUAUGGGGGAUCGCAACGCAAGCCUAUGGAUGUACGAAUGGUUGUCAACGUUUCUUCCAUUAUUCCUGCCUUGACCAAAUGGAGAAAUCAAACACUGCUCAAUGCCGUUACGGACGAGAUGUCGUUAUAGAUGAAAUCUCUGCCCAAGGAAAAAAUCCAUUCUCAAUCUCCUUAUCACUGCUUGAACAAUCAUUCGAUCAAUCGUUAAAGCCAUUAUAUCUCAAUAGUGAGGAACUUUCGAGAAAGACAUAUGACGAAAUGGCAGUUGUUUGGGGAUAUCUGUGGAUCCAAUACCAGAUUCUUAAAAAUGGAUUGACGAGUAGUAGUUUACGGAUCACAAGCCAUGAUACCAAAUUGUCACCUGAUAUCUUAGGAUUCGAAGCUAUCUUGAAACUGUAUGAAGAACAACUGAAAUCUCGAUCCUCGGAAUCAUCACCUGCUUCUAGUGAUUUUUGUGGAGUCGUUGGAAGCGAUUAUCCACUUGGGCAAGGUUACAUGUUUUCCGAUAAAUUCCUUUCAUACAUCAUUGCUCUUCUUCGAGCGCCAUCAUCGACCAAUCACGGCGGAGGUAGUGGAACACAUACUCCUUCAGAUGGUCUACUUACUCCUGUAGGUCUACUUGCCCCAGAACAAGAGGUGAACGAAGGUUCUUUUGAAAUGCUGCCAUUAUCCAUAUUAUCAUCAUCUCUAUCGUCAGAUCUAGGUAUCUCAGAUCCGAGAAUUACAGUGAUAUUUCUUAAUCAGCUCAGAUCUUUAGGACUCAUGUCAGUUUCAAACAAGCUAUCGAUCAAAGAGAUAGAUUUGAAAUCUCCUUCUACAUGGGCUGGAUUUGGUUUACCUUUGUUAAUGGAUAAUUCACCUACGAUUGAGUUGUUGGUAUCUUCAAUCGAAGUCUUACUUCUGGACUUGGAUUUAUCGAUGAAUGAAGUAGGAUUGAGAUUACUAGAAACUAAAGCUUGGUCAAGUGGAUUAUGUUCACCUUACGCAUUAGAAAGAUUAGGUAAAGGUUUAGUCGAUUGGAUAAUGUCACAGGAUGAAUCAUUGCUUCAAGUAGUCAAGUUGUAUGCUUCAAGGCAUAAGAGACUUCCAGGUGUGAAAAAUCCAAUCGGAUCAAAUCUCAAAGGUCAGACAUCAGUCAAUCUUUAUAAAGAUGAUAGAAUCAGAUUGAUGAAAAGAUAUGCGGUACCUUGGUUGAAAGGUCUACAUGAUCUAGACCCGAAUCUCUAUGCAGCAAUGGUAUAUGAAGAAUGUAAAAAUCCUCUUCCGGUUGGUAAAUUGCAGUCCGAGAAUGAGGAACCAAGUGAUCAGCUCGCUUCGAAAAUGGCUGGUAUCGCAUUGGAAAGGAUGACAGCUGUCGUAGAUGCAAAUGUCGUAUUCUCGACUUUGAUGGAAUUGGUCACUGCUUGGUUGGAAGAUCUGGGGGCGUUAGCUGAUCAAGACGUCGUAUACCGAUCUCUUCCUCGACUACUGCGACACUCUACUUCCAAUUCCUCCCCUUCGUCCUCAUUUGAUCAAACAGACCUCUUCUCUCUCUCACUUUCGGUAUCUCAAUCGGGACCAGAAGGUUUGAUACGAGCUUGUCGAUGGCUCCGAGUACUUUCCUUCUCAGGUGUUGAAAUUCCCUGGAAUCUUCUCAUCGACUUGGUGGAAUUGCAAUCGACCACGCGGAGCGAAGUUGAGGCGAGAUUGGAUCUGGUGAUAGCUGUUGGGGCGAAUGGAAUGGCACUGGAACCAGAAGCGUUUGCUGGGCUAUGUGCUAAAGUCAGCAAAGGUAUAUUUGUGGACUUGGGUAAAGGUGGAGGAAACGAGUUGACGAUAAUAGAACUGGAUUUAGUGAGACAAAGUAUGUUACUAGUCCUGCGAGCAUAUGGAGUUCCUCUAGACGAUGUGGCUCAAACAAGCUUGAACACGGGAGAAUUACAAACCAAACAGCCCGCUAGUAUGUCUAAGAAACGUCGUGUAAAUAGUGGUCGGACCACUUUCGCUCUUGACAAAGCAAUGGUACUUUCCGCAGCCUCGAUAUUGGAACGUACCAACUAUCCUUGCGAAAUGGUGCUGGAUUUCCUAUGGUUGUUGUUCACCAAAGCGGCGAUGAUAGAUAACGUUGAUGGUUUUAUACAUCGUGCCUGUCCCAGGUUAUACGAACUGAUAUGGCCUUUGGUCGAUUUUGCGAUCGAUCGAAAGAGUCGAGCAAGAGUCUUAUUGAGAAUGCUUAGUGUGAACCCUAAUUCUUUGGAAAAGAUAGUCAGGCAAGAACUAGAUUCAAGCCCGGAAGAAAGGGCAAAGGUUCGCGAGAGAAUCUUGACCUUCGUGUUGGAUCUAGCGGAUUCCAGCGUAGUUUACGAACUAUCGACUUGGCAAUCUUCAGCUGUCGGUUUGAUCUUACUGCUGUUCGACGUAUUAAGUGAUACAGCAGAGAUGAUCUCCGACAAUCUAGUCAUACUUCAAGCUCUUCUUCCCACACACUUGAAAGCCAUGUCAAUGUGUUUCGAGGAUUACCUGAUUAGACACAGUGACGAAAAACGGUUGAUCCUUUUGACCAGAUUGAGGAGAUUGAGAUUGACUUUGCCCACUUGGCCUAUCAUCUCCUGGAAGAUGAUCGAGGGGUUGUUAGCGGAACAAGUCGCUUCGAUAACUCAGCUUCGCCCAGGUCGAUCAUCUCAGACCAUGUCCGCUCUCAUGGACUCACAAUCCGUUCGAUGUUCUUUACUCUCCCUUGGAAUGGACAUGUUAUCAUCUGGAGUUCCCAUUUCUUGGAUUACAGCUCAGAGAUUCCAACAACACGUCGCUUCUUGUUUGGCUUUACCGUGGACCAACCCGAUUGAAGGAAUAACUUCCCUUGUCUUACCUGCCAUAAGGGGUGUUUUGGACAGUUCAACUAGAAUAACGAUAUCAGGGCAAACGUUCGAUAACAAAUCUAAGAAAACAGCUUUGGUGGGAUCUUUGUUCGUUCCAGUCGUAAUUGACUUAGGAAGCGAAUUAGGUAAAUUCGAAUAUCUUACUCAAAGAACUAUAUUAGAUUCCUUGAUGGCCACCUUCUUCAAACAAAACGUACGAUCUGUGGAAUUAGCAGCCUUGUCAGCUUUACAAACUUUAGCUCAAUUUGUAGCUACUACGGAAUGUGCAGAGAACAGGUUAUUAGCAUUGCAAAUUCUACAGAUCGCAGUAGUCAGAAUGGAAAGGGAGAGCGUCAUAAGAGCCGUCCCAUCGGUAUUCGCUACAAUCGCUGGAGUUCUGGUGAAAGAGAAUGAAGCUGAAUAUGCUGACUCAGCUGUCCUGGAACAAAGUCGAGUAUUCUUGAGAGGUAUAGUGAUGAGCUUCGGACGAUCUGGACUAUUCCUUCAACUUUUCAGGAUCGACGAUAAUGCGAUUACCGGUGCCCAGGAGCAGUCUUCUUUAGGCAGAGCAGUACAGCUCCUACAUGCAUCCGAUAAGGUUGUACAAGGGCAGCCGACGUUAUUUGAUAACGUGUUCCACAAUCUAUCCGAUGUUCUCAAACGAGGAAAACAGACUAUAGAUCAGGUUUUGGUUUCCCUGUGUCGAUUUUCAGAAUCGUUGCAGGUGGAAUUAUCAGAAGAUGUAGCUGAAAAUUAUGGCAUGUUCAUCGCUCGAUUAGGCAAACACAUCGCUGAGUGGGAUCCUCAAGAAUUUGAUCCUAAUCCUAUCUUGAAGAGUUGUGCAUCGAUCCUGGAUCUUGUGCAGCCAGUUGCUUCAAUUCCUUUGUUGCAUCAAAUCUCAACCUUUUUGCAUUUGACAUUGACGAGAUUUGGCGUUUCCCAAGCAACUCUGUCCAGAUUGCUAACGGUAUCAGAGAGAAUCGCCAGAGGACAGUCAACGGAAGAUACAAUCAGAACAGUUUCCUAUGAAUUAGCCGGAUCGACAGUACAUGGUUUAAACGUCGCACCCGUGACUCUUCUAACACUUCUGAAUUUCCUUGCAAUCAACGCUUCGCGAGAGCAUGCCAAUUCCGCCGACUUGAAAUCAUCUUCUCAACAAGCCAGAGUCUUGGCCGAUUCGGCGCCUGGUUGCGUGCAGAUUCUGCUUCGGUCCCAUCCCACAUUCGCCAUUGGGAAUAUAGAGCCAGAGAUCAGCCUUGGAAUACUCAUGCAAGCUGGAACGGUAUUAUGUAAAGCUGAAAUGGCAGUCAAAGGCAUCAUAAGUCAAAGUUUGAGUAAUAUCACUGUCGAGGCGGCUUCUACACAGAUCAAUUCAUUCAUAUAUAUCCUACUGGCUUCAUUUGACUUAUCAAUGGGAUCAGCAAGAAAACGAAUCAUAUCACUAUAUCCUAUACUUGCAAGAGCUGCAUCAUUGUGUUUAAGAGCAUCAGCUGAUUUCUUGACUUUACAAGAUACUACGGGCGAUGGAGCAGAAUUGUUGUCUUUAGUCUUUGUUGUUUUCAGAUUGUCAAUCCUUGCCUUACAUGAUAUCACACCUGUUCCUCAAGGUGAGAUUAUGAAAAGUGAUUUAAAAGAAGACGCAAUGGACAUUUAUUGGUCUAGGAUUUGGACAGAUUGGUUCAGACUCUUGACCAUUUCACUGGAUCCGACUUGUAUCAAUGGACCUCUCAAAGCGGUAUCUCAUUCAGUAUACCAAGAUACGAUAAUCUUUUUGGGUCAAAAUUGUUCUCCUAUAUUAUCGAAACAUUCAGGAACUCUUUCACAUGCUCUAGGGAUGUUAGUUCGACAUCAAGAACUCUUAGCAGCAGCAUCAUCAGGUUCAGGAACAUCAACAGUAACUGGAACAGCAGUGACAAGUGGUAAAAUGCAGAAAGCUGCUCAAGUCUUGGAUCGGAUUUCCACAGGUAUAGGAAUUGGCAAUCCAACUGAGGUGGAUAAACUGACAAUGAUCAACACUAUCAAGAAAGAUUUAGGUGCAACGGAGAGGUUGAAAGCUUUAAGAAAUAUCGGAUAA